AUGUGCCACUUUCAGGUCUCCUCACACUGCUGGUGUGUUCAAUUUUUUGUCAUAGGGUGCUGGCAGAUUACGGGCCUCCCAUAGCUGCUGCCAGGCCCCUAAUCUGCCAUGGGCCCCUGUACCGCCUCCUCAUGCUGCUGCCAGGUCCAGAGUGUGUCAUGGGUCCCUGUACGGCCUCCCAUUGCUGCUGUCUCCAUCGCCACACUCUGCCAUGUGCCACUUUCAGGUCUCCUCACACUGCUGGUGGUUUUCCAUUUUUGUCAUAGGGUGCUGUAUGGCCUCCCAUUGCUGCUGUAUGGCCUCCACCGCCACACUGUGGCUCCACACUCUGGUUUUGGCCCCGUGACUGCCCAAAUGAGUGAAGUGUGCGGUGAUUCUAAGAUCGACGGCACUCAUCUGCAUGUCAUACUG